ACACAGAAUAAUUGGACAUCAUUAAUGAACGACUCUUAGUAAAAAUCAAGGCAUACACACUUAUGAAACUUCCGGAUGUUUCCCAAGGUAAGAAAAGACUUAAAUUCCUUUACAAACUUCUAUAAGGACAUAAAAUUUCCAAAAUCAAAAUUUCCGGAACUUCCAGAAGUCUUAUACAUUUUUGGGAAAUUUCCAGAAGUUUCAGUAGUGUGAACGCCUUGAAACUUUAUCAUGUAAAUAACUCAAAUUAGCUCCUCUGAUACUCUGCUACUUAAAUAAAAUGAAUCAGCACUUUUAUACUCAGUCUCGUACAUUCAUUCAUAGUGACAAGAUGGAAUUCUGGAUUUUUGUUGCACUAUUUGUCGCUGUUAUUUAUCUUCUGAACCAAUACUUUUUCAGUUAUUGGUCAAAACGUGAAAUUCCAUAUAAAGAACCGAGGUUUAUUGUUGGUGAAUUUGGGAGUGUGGCACUAGCAACAAAGCCUUUUGGAUUAAUCUUUCAAGAUUUUUAUGAAAAAUUUAAGGAACAUAAAAUUUUGGGGAUUUACUUAAGUUAUCGACCAGCUUUAGUUGUAAAUGAUCCAGUAAUAAUUCAGGAAAUAAUAAUUAAAAACUUUAAUAGCUUCCAUGAUCGAAAUUUACCUGUUGAUGAGGAAACUAAUCCUUUAUCUGCACAUUUAUUCACACUUUGUGGUCAAAAAUGGAGAGACUUGAGAGUCAAGCUAUCACCAACUUUUACAAGUGGAAAACUUAAAGGCAUGUACCCAACAAUUCGUGAUUGUGGUCAAGUUCUUCAAGAUUAUAUUGGAAAAGAAGUCAAAAAUGGAAAUAAUGUGUUUGACAUUCGGGACUUACUGGCUCGUUUUACUACAAAUGUUAUCUCUUCAGUCGCUUUUGGAAUAGAGAAUGAUUGCAUUAAUGACCGAGAAAAUAUUUUUCGUAAAAUUGGAAUUAAAAUCUUUAAACCAAGCCUUAAGAGAAGCAUCAUGAGGGCAUUUACGUUCUUUUUACCUAAUAUUUUUGGAUUCUUACGUGAAAAACUUAACAUUAAAAUAAAAAUCACACCUGAAGAAAUAGAAAGCUUCUUUAUGUCUGUUGUACAACAAACUAUUGAACAUCGAGAAAGAAAUAAAGAUUUUGAGAGAAAAGAUUUCAUGCAACUAUUGAUUCAACUAAAGAACCAAGGCUUUAUAUCAGCUGAUAAGGAUGACGAUGAUAAUACUGUUGACAAUGAAAUCAGCACAAAUAAGAAAAUAGAUACGAAAAAGUUGACAUUUAAUGAUGUUGUUGCACAAGCUUUUUUAUUCUUUAUUGCCGGUUUUGAAACAUCCAGUUCGACAUCAAACUUCUGCUUACUUGAGUUAUGUAAAAAUCCAGAAAUUCAAAAGAAAGUUCAAGAAGAGAUUGAUGAAGUGAUGAAAGCAUCUAAUUCUAAAGAGCUUACUUAUGAGAUGUUAGGAAAAAUGAAGUAUCUAGACUGUUGUAUUGAUGAAGCACUUAGAAAAUACCCAAUUGUUCCUGUAAUAUUUCGAGAAUGUACAAAAGAUCACACAUUUAGUGGAACUAAUUGGACUAUUGAGAAAGGCACUCAAAUAUUUAUACCUAUACUAGCAAUUCAACGUGAUCCUGAAGUUUAUGACAAUCCAAUGGAAUUUGUGCCAGAAAGAUUUAUAGAUUCACCAAAUGGAAAUGGAAAGUCGGAAGGGUUGUACUACAUGCCUUUUGGGGAUGGACCUAGGAACUGCAUUGGUGCACGAAUGGGAAAAUUACAGACAAAACUUGGUCUAGCUAUGAUUUUGUCAAAAUUUUCAUUUGAAUUAGCUGAUAAGAGUUUGAUGGACAAUGAAAUCAAGUUUGAGAAAAGACAAUUUGUAUUGGGACCAGAGGAGAAUAUCAUGUUGAAGGUGCGAGCUAGAGAAAGUUGUUAACAGAAGAGUCAGAUUGGUAGCUGUAGUAAAUAUUCAAAAUGACCAUAAAAUAAAAACUCUAGGUGCCGUUCUUUUAUGACAUC